AUGGAGAGACAAAAGAGCAUGGAAGCCAGUUUACUCAGGAAGAGUCUCAGCAUAAGAGAAAGGAAACACCCAAAUGAAGAUGGUUACCCUGAAUCCACUUCGGAGGUCACCAAACAACCAAAUCUGUUCUUUGUGUUGAUUGGAUCCGUACAGACGCUCCUCUUCUCUGUCUUCACUCUGAUUUGUUUUCUUGCACAGGUGGUGGUCUUGUCUGUUGAGAAGAGGAAGAACACUUCGACGUCGUUUUCUUUCUUUGACUCUUUAGCUGAACUUGAGCUCUGCUUCGAUCUCAUUUCAGAUCUUGGAGCUGUUGAUGGCGGAGCAGUGGAGCUCUUGCUAAUAGCUACUACAACUAACCAUAAGUGA